GCUCUGGGCAGGAGGAGCGAGGCUGCUGCUGCUCACGCACGAUCCGGACACCUCGCAGCCUCUCGUCAGUAACUUUGAUGGGGACCUGGACUCUCAGCAGGGACCAUGCCUGUGAUGAAGGGCUUGUUGGCGCCACAGAACACCUUCCUGGACACUAUAGCCACACGAUUCGAUGGCACUCACAGCAACUUCAUCCUGGCCAAUGCUCAGAUGUCCAAAGGCUUUCCAAUUGUCUACUGCUCUGAUGGCUUCUGUGAACUCACAGGCUUCUCUCGGGCUGAGGUCAUGCAGAAGAGCUGUGCCUGUAAGUUCCUGUAUGGGCAUGAGACCAGUGAAAGUAUCAUUCUGAGCAUUGACGAGGCCUUGGAGGAACGCAAAGAGUUUAAAGACGAGAUCAUGUUCUACACAAAAACAGCUGCACUGUUCUGGUGUCUUCUGGACAUCGUGCCAAUUAAGAAUGAGAAGGGUGACGUGGUGCUCUUUCUGGCUUCGUUUAAGGACAUUACAGACACUAAAGCCAAAGCCAUCCAGGAGGACAAGAGAGAAGAUAAUGUAAAAAUCAAUAAAAACGUGUUUGGGGAUUUGCCUGCCUUACCAGAGUACAAAGUGGCAGAUGCCAAGAAGUCCAAAUUCAUCUUACUCCACUACAGUACAUUCAAAGCAGGCUGGGACUGGCUGAUUCUGCUCGCUACGUUCUACGUAGCCGUGACGGUGCCGUACAACGUGUGCUUCAUCGGAGACGAUGAUGACGUGACCCGCAGCACGACUGUCAGCGACAUUGGUGUAGAGAUUCUGUUCAUCAUAGACAUUGUUUUUAACUUUCGCACGACUUACGUCAGCAAGUCAGGCCAGGUGAUCUUCGACGCUCGACAGAUUUGCAUCCAUUACCUGACCACGUGGUUCAUCAUCGACCUGGUGGCCGCGUUGCCCUUUGACCUGCUCUACGCCGUCAAAGUCAGCGUGGUGUCUGUGGUGCACCUGUUAAAGACCGUGCGUCUGCUUCGUUUGCUGAGGCUCCUGCAGAAGAUGGACCGCUACUCGCAGCACAGCACCGUGGUCCUGACUCUGCUCAUGUCCAUGUUUGCCCUUCUGGCACACUGGAUGGCCUGCAUCUGGUACAUUAUUGGGAAAAUGGAGAUGGAAGCCAACGCCUACCACUGGGAUAUUGGAUGGCUCCACGAGCUGGGGAAGCGACUGGAGUCCCCAUACAACGCCAUCGGAGAAGUUAACGCGACAGGCAGUGGUCCCUCCAUCCACAGCGUCUACAUCGCUUCACUCUACUUCACCCUCAGCAGCCUCACCAGUGUGGGUUUCGGCAAUGUGUCUGCCAACACCGACGCUGAGAAGAUCUUCUCUGUGUGCAUCAUGCUCAUAGGAGCACUGAUGCAUGCCUUGGUCUUUGGCAAUGUGACAGCCAUUAUCCAGAGGAUGUACUCCCGCUGGUCUCAGUACCACACCAGGACCAAAGACCUGAAGGAUUUCAUACGUGUCCAUCACUUGCCGCAGAGCCUGAAGCAGCGAAUGCUUGAAUACUUUCAGACAACCUGGUCGGUCAACAACGGCAUUGACUGUAAUGAGCUGCUGAAGGACUUUCCAGACGAGCUGCGAUCCGACAUCACCAUGCAUCUUAACAAGGAGAUCCUGGAACUGUCCUUGUUUGCCUCUGCCAGUCGUGGCUGUCUGCGCUCGCUGUCACUGCACAUUAAGACCUCCUUCUGCACCCCCGGCGAGUACCUGCUACGGCAGGGCGACGCUCUUCAGGCCAUCUUCUUCGUCUGCUCGGGGUCUAUGGAGGUGCUGAAAGAUGGAAUGGUUUUGGCCAUCCUGGGUAAAGGUGACCUGAUCGGAGCGAACCUGUCUUUGGAUAACCGAGUGAUAAAGACCAACGCAGAUGUGAAAGCCCUGACCUACUGUGACCUGCAGUGUAUCAACCUGAAAGGCCUGUACGAGGUGUUGGACCUGUACCCGGAGUACUCUCAUCACUUUGUCCAGGACAUCCAGCAGGACCUCACAUACAACCUGAGGGAGGGACACGAGACGCAUGUCAAGACCAGACUGUCAACAGCAGCUGUAGAGACUCAGUCAGGAGUCAGAAGAAAUGGGCGAGUGGUUCAGGGCCACUCAACAACUGAGGCACAGAACGAGCACAAUGAAGAUGCAGAAGAGGAUGAAGAAGACGUGUCCGUAGCUCUGCUGUCAGAGCAGCGCCAAGCAGCUAACCUCAGGAACCCUGGGGGAACGGCUCCUCUCUGCCAACCCAGUCAGAAGACCACAACACACAGCUCCAACCAGUCUCAGAGGGAGGUCCAAGACAUUACCCCCACCAAUAUAGACCCGUCCAACCUCAGUCCAAGGAUUGUGGAUGGCACUGAAGACAGUGAGGGAACAGAGGGUUCGCAGACUUUCUCCUUUUCUACCAACAUGGGUUGUCCUGUCAGAGCUCCAACCAGUGCCUCCUCCUCCACCACAGAUAUGAUGCAAAUAAGCACAACAGAAUUAGCGGCAAAAGCCGAGGAGACCAGAGGACAACUGCGCCACCUCGACCAGCAGGUGAGCACCCUCCGGAGGGAAGUGGCUGACCUCGGGCAAGUCAUGAAGAGAAUGGCCCAACUCAUGGAGACCCUUGUACCCUCAGUGCCACAACCUGCGGUGAUCUGUCCAACACAUUACUCCCCAGCACACCACACAUAUUUACGCUGUUGUACCCCUCCUCAGUCUUACUCUUCAUUAUCUCCCUCUAAGACUGCCCCCAUCUGGACAGACCCAACCAUGCCUUUGCCAUCUUCUUCCUUCACAAUCUCGCAGCAGCAUGGCACGAUCUGCCACGCGGACUCCCUAACGCACAGACCACAGAACCUUCAGUUAAAGCACCCUGCCGUCCUCAGAUCAACUCCGCCUCCUGACGUAUCGGUCCUUCAACCACAGCCACCGUCUGUCAUCUCAGAGCCUCUGAUGUCUUUAGCAUCAUUCAGCGCACCAGAUUUUUCUUGCUACAAAAAUGGAGCUUCUAUCGCCAUCACAAGGGUGCACAGUCCACCUCCGCAGGACGGAGGAAUGAGGACUCUCGUAGGAGCUCUGGAUUUUCUUCUCAAACUGGGCUUGGAGGGCUCUACCCCAGCCCGACCCUGGAAAUCAAUCAUUUGUCAUCCACGGAUAAACAAGACCCUGGUGGUGUUGAGGGCCCAGUUCUGGUGGAGGGACUUGGCCAAGGACGUUAAGGAGUACAUCUCCUCCAGCCUCCAGUGCACCCAGGCCAAGACCUCACCACGACCUCCUGCUGACCUCUUGCACCCUCUUCCCAUCCCCUCACAGCCCUGGUCACAAAUUGCCAUGGACUUACUUUAUUACCCGGCUUCCCCCAUCUUCAGCUCCCAUCUGUCAAAGAACUGGGGGAGGUCCUCGUCCAAGAGGUGUUUUGCCUUCAUGGCCUCCUUGGGGACAUGUCUUGGAUUGGGGCCCCCAAUUCAUUUCUCAUUUUUGAAGGGAGUCCUGGGCAUCUCAGCCAGCCUCUCAUCAGGCUUCCACCCACAGACUGAUGGGCAGAGGGCCAACCAGGAGAUUGAAACCAAACUACAUCUCCUGUGUGAGGAUGACCUUACCAAGUGGUCUGCUAACCUGCCCUGGGUGGAUCAUAUACUCAACUCCCUGCCAUAA